GGAUUGGUCGGGAGUUUCUUACUUUUGAGUUUUGAGGGAGUGAAUUCCUCUUCUUCAACGGGGAAGAGAAAAGAGCGACGCCUAGCCGCUUUGAAAUUUGAACAACACCGGCCUUCGCGUUAAACUUCGAUCUCCUCGGGUAACCCUCGGGAGAUUUGGGUGGCUCAUCUGUAGACGAUGAAGUAGUUGGAGGAGGGGUAGUGAUCCAACAAUGCA